UAAACGCAAACAAAAUACGUCGUCUGUGGAACUACUUGGUUUCUGUAUUUCGAAGUAGACUCAAUCACCAGAAAGUGCUCCUAUCACCAGAAAGUGCUCCUCUUGACGGGUUGAAUAGAUUUUCUUCAAAAUUAAACCGUUACCUCUCUAACCAGUGCUGUGCUUAUUUUUAAUGUAUAUUUCAUGAGACUAUCUCCCAGCAGCCAUGGUUAUUCAACUCUACGCAGCAUUGACUUGAGCGCUGGUGACAAGAGCGACGUAGGUAAAAAGCUAAAUACCCGCCAGCACACCACUUUGAUAUUCACCCUGCGUGACGAGACGUUUCUGCUUUCUAAAAAGGGACAUAGCAACAUUGUUCCUGACACACAUUCCGAUGGAAUUUGUACAGUUACAAGCAUGGCUGCAACAGAAAUGAAAUUCCCUUUAAUGGAAGCACUAACGAGAGAAGUAGACGACGUUGGGGUCUUUUGUUAUUGCAAUGAGUAUUCUAUUUAUAAAUUGAUCUAUAAAGCUGGUCUGGAAUUAGUGGCCUCAAGGGAUACUGGAGUAAAAAAAAUUAGCCACACAUCAUUUUAAUGUUGAGGAUUUGCAGCUUUUGAUACAUCAUCCUAUGGAAAAGGAAAUGCUAUAAAAGUAUUAAUUCAUGUACAAAAACGUGAUAAAAAU